AUGGAGGUCGUAGGAUCCACGAUAGCGAUAGUCAGUAAUGUUGUCCAAAACGAGUUGUCUGAGCGAAUAGCCCACGUGGAAUGCUGCUGGAACCGCACAAGAUGGCAGCUGGAAUUCAUACAACGAAUAUGGCCCACUCUGAGCGAGGACCACCAAAGCAUCCAGGAGGAGAUACUCAAAGUCUUGAAGUCUAAGCUGGAGUCUGCGGACAAGAAACUGAGCAAAUUGCUGAAGAGACCGAGCGAGUCUACCGAUUCUAACCACGGGAGACCUGCCGUCAGCCGUUGGAAGUACCUCUUCGUCAAGUCGCACUUGGAUGAAACAAUAAAAAGCCUUAACAAAUGGCAGGCUAUGUACGAUCCGUCUUGGUAUCUAAUCAUACGUGUGGCCAGCCCGAUCAUUGACGCCGAGUUGAGAAGUCCUAAGAUUGCGGUAUCUCAAGAUGCCACAGAUUGGUUCAUCGUUGACCCGGUACCCUGCUUGGCCAAUGCCUAUGUGGGACUCAUGACCAAAGACAUCCGAACUCUGGCAGCGAAACUUCAUCAUGCAGAUCCUUUGACUUUUGGAGUGUUGAGAUGCCGCGGAGCUGUCAAAGUGAACCGGAACAGCAACGGCAAAUUAGUUGCAUUCGACCUUGUCUUCGAGACCUCGACGAGCGAGAAACCACGCACUUUACGUAGUUGUCUCGUCCAGCGUACGCCUCACUCGCUGACAGAGCGACUCGAGUUGGGCAGGCAGCUUGCCAAGUCGGUCAACUACGUCCACACUCUUGACUUUGUCCACAAGAACGUCCGGCCGGACAAUUUGGUCGGCUUUGGAGACGCAGACCUAGGACUGUUCUAUCUGGUCGGAUUUGAGCAAGUUCGAAGUGCUGAAGGCAUGACCUACCUGCAGGGAGACACAGACUGGCAGAAGAAUAUUUACCGCCACCCAUCUCGUCAAGGACUGUCCUUGGAUCAGCCGUAUUGCAUGCAACACGAUAUCUACAGUCUUGGAGUUUGCUUGCUCGAAAUCGGACUAUGGGAAUCAUUCGUAGUAUUUGGGCAAGACGAUCAAAUUCCGCUGCCGAACACUACAAUGCUACAAGUGUCCAUCGAAGAGCUCAGAACAAAAAGUCCCAUUCAGGUGAAAGACCUGCUCGUGUAUCUGGCGAAGCAAGAUCUACCCCGUACGAUGGGGGAGAUAUACAGUGACGUCGUUGUCAAUUGCCUGACAUGUCUCGACGAAGACAAUGUGGAUUUCGGAGACAGCACUGACUUCGAAGGUAACGAUGGUGUUGCUGUUGGAGUCAGAUACAUUGAGAAGAUUCUACUAAGUCUUGGUAGCAUCAGCGUCUAG